AUGGCAACACGUUCAAAACGAAAAUUCGUAGAAAUAAUGUUGAAUGAAUUCGUGAACAUACAAGAAUUAGCAACUUUAUCCAAAUUCUAUGUCGAAGAACCAAAGCGAUUAAAAGAAGCGUGUGAUAAAGCAGAUAGUGAUGACAAAAUUAAACUGAAGGAAGAAAAAGCAUUAAGUAAAGAAGAAGCAGAACGUUUUGGGCGUAUUUAUGAAUAUUUUGAGAAAACUGGCGUGAUCAAAAUGCUCCAGGACCAACAACAAGCUGAAUUUGAGGGUGCUGACAAUUUAAAGAAUAUUAGUGUAUAUUCAGUCGAUCAAUUGAAAAAAGUCGAUGAGCUUCUAAAAUCAGAAGACGAAUCUUGA